GAGGGAGCGCAGCUUGGUUGCUCCGUAGUACGGCGGCUCGCAAGGGAGAAUCCCGAGCGGGCUCCGGGACGUACGGAGAGGCGGGCGGGCGGGGAUGGUGUGCGGGGCUGCGGCUCCUGCGUUCCCUCCCGCUGCGAGUGAGCUGCACUGAUUUGUCCCUGGGGCGGCAGCGUGGACCCGCCUGGAGAUGAGGCGUCCAUUAGCAAGGUGAAAGUAACAGAAACAUGGCUCAGUUUCCAACACCUUUUGGUGGUAGCCUGGAUAUUUGGGCCAUAACUGUAGAGGAAAGAGCUAAGCAUGAUCAACAGUUCCAUAGUUUAAAGCCAAUAUCUGGAUUUAUUACUGGUGAUCAAGCUAGAAACUUUUUUUUUCAAUCUGGGUUACCUCAACCUGUUUUAGCACAGAUAUGGGCGCUUGCUGAUAUGAAUAAUGAUGGAAGAAUGGAUCAAGUGGAGUUUUCCAUAGCUAUGAAACUCAUCAAACUGAAGCUACAAGGAUAUCAGCUCCCCUCCGCACUUCCCCCUGUCAUGAAACAGCAACCAGUUGCUAUUUCUAGUGCACCAGCGUUUGGUAUGGGAGGUAUCGCCAGCAUGCCACCGCUGACCGCUGUUGCUCCAGUGCCAAUGGGUUCCAUUCCUGUUGUCGGAAUGUCUCCCCCGCUAGUAUCCUCUGUUCCUGCGGCAGGAGUGCCUCCUCUGGCUAACGGGACGCCCCCUGUCAUACAGCCUCUGCCUGCAUUCACUCAUCCUGCAGCCACAUUGCCAAAGAGUUCUUCCUUUAGUAGAUCUGGUCCAGGGUCACAGUUAAACACUAAAUUACAGAAGGCACAAUCAUUUGACGUGGCUAGUGUUCCUUCCGCAGCUGAAUGGGCUGUUCCUCAGCCAUCCAGACUGAAAUACCGACAGUUAUUCAACAGUCAUGACAAAACCAUGAGUGGACACUUAACAGGUCCCCAAGCAAGAACUAUUCUUAUGCAGUCAAGUUUACCACAGGCUCAGCUGGCUUCAAUAUGGAAUCUUUCUGACAUUGAUCAAGAUGGAAAACUCACAGCAGAAGAAUUUAUCCUGGCUAUGCACCUAAUUGAUGUAGCUAUGUCUGGCCAACCAUUGCCACCGGUCCUGCCCCCAGAAUACAUUCCACCUUCCUUUAGAAGAGUUCGAUCUGGCAGUGGUAUAUCUGUCAUAAGCUCAACUUCGGUAGAUCAGAGGUUACCAGAGGAACCAGUUUUAGAAGAUGAACAGCAACAACUAGAAAAGAAAUUACCUGUAACCUUUGAAGAUAAGAAGCGUGAGAACUUUGAACGUGGCAAUCUGGAGCUGGAGAAACGGAGACAAGCGCUCUUGGAGCAGCAGCGCAAAGAACAAGAGCGCCUGGCCCAGCUGGAGAGGGCGGAGCAGGAGAGGAAGGAGCGGGAACGCCAGGAACAGGAGCGCAAGAGGCAACUGGAGCUGGAGAAGCAGCUGGAAAAGCAGCGGGAGCUAGAACGUCAGAGAGAGGAGGAGCGCAGGAAAGAAAUCGAGAGGCGAGAGGCUGCAAAACGGGAGCUUGAAAGGCAACGACAGCUUGAAUGGGAACGGAAUCGAAGACAAGAACUAUUAAAUCAAAGAAACAAAGAACAAGAGGACAUAGUUGUGCUGAAAGCAAAGAAAAAGACUUUGGAAUUUGAAUUAGAAGCUCUAAAUGAUAAGAAGCAUCAACUGGAAGGAAAACUUCAAGAUAUCAGAUGUCGAUUGACAACCCAAAGGCAAGAAAUUGAGAGCACAAACAAAUCUAGAGAGUUGAGAAUUGCUGAAAUCACCCACCUACAGCAACAAUUACAGGAGUCUCAGCAAAUGCUUGGAAGACUUAUUCCAGAAAAACAGAUACUCAAUGACCAAUUAAAACAAGUUCAGCAGAACAGUUUGCACAGAGAUUCACUUCUUACACUCAAAAGAGCCUUAGAAGCAAAAGAACUAGCUCGGCAGCAGCUACGAGACCAACUGGAUGAAGUGGAGAAAGAAACUAGAUCAAAACUACAGGAGAUUGAUAUUUUCAAUAAUCAGCUGAAGGAACUAAGAGAAAUACAUAAUAAGCAGCAGCUACAGAAACAGAAGUCCAUAGAGGCUGAACGACUGAAACAGAAAGAACAAGAGCGAAAGAUCAUAGAAUUAGAAAAACAAAAAGGAGAAGCCCAAAGACGAGCUCAGGAAAGGGACCAGCAGUGGCUGGAGCACGUGCAACAAGAAGAUGAGCAUCAGCGGCCAAGAAAACCCCACGAGGAGGAAAAACUCAAAAGGGAAGAGAGUGUCAAAAAGAAGGAGAGUGAGGAAAAGGGCAAACAGGAAAUGCAAGACAAGCUGAGUCGGCUUUUCCAUCAACAAGAGCCAGCUAAGCCAGCUGUCCAAGCACCCUGGUCCACCGCAGAAAAAGGUCCACUUAGCAUUUCUGCACAGGAGAAUGUAAAGGUGGUGUAUUACCGAGCACUCUAUCCCUUUGAGUCCAGAAGUCACGAUGAAAUCACGAUCCAGCCAGGAGAUAUAGUCAUGGUGGAUGAAAGCCAAACUGGAGAACCGGGUUGGCUUGGAGGAGAAUUAAAAGGAAAGACAGGAUGGUUCCCUGCAAACUACGCAGAGAAAAUCCCAGAAAACGAGGUUCCUGCCCCAGUCAAACCAGUGACUGAUGCUGCCUCCACCCCUGCACCCAAACUGGCUCUACGUGAGACCCCUGCUCCUUCCGCGGUGACCUCUGCAGAGCCCUCCACAACCCCCAACAACUGGGCCGACUUCAGCUCCACGUGGCCCACCAGCACGAACGAGAAACCAGAAACCGACAACUGGGAUGCAUGGGCAGCCCAGCCCUCCCUCACCGUUCCGAGCGCCGGGCAGUUGAGACAGAGAUCAGCCUUCACUCCAGCCACAGCCACGGGCUCCUCUCCAUCUCCUGUUUUAGGCCAGGGCGAAAAGGUGGAGGGGCUACAAGCACAAGCCCUGUAUCCUUGGAGAGCCAAAAAAGACAACCAUUUAAAUUUUAACAAAAAUGAUGUCAUCACAGUCCUGGAGCAGCAAGACAUGUGGUGGUUUGGAGAAGUUCAAGGCCAGAAGGGGUGGUUCCCCAAGUCCUACGUGAAACUCAUUUCAGGGCCCAUAAGGAAAUCUACGAGCAUGGAUUCUGGUUCUUCAGAAAGUCCUGCUAGUCUAAAGAGAGUAGCUUCCCCAGCAGCCAAGCCGGCCGUGUCAGGAGAAGAAUUUAUUGCCAUGUACACUUACGAGAGUUCUGAGCAAGGCGAUUUAACCUUUCAGCAAGGGGAUGUGAUUUUGGUUACCAAGAAAGAUGGUGACUGGUGGACAGGAACAGUGGGCGACAAGUCCGGAGUCUUCCCUUCUAACUAUGUGAGGCUUAAAGAUUCAGAGGGCUCUGGAACUGCUGGGAAAACAGGGAGUUUAGGAAAAAAACCUGAAAUUGCCCAGGUUAUUGCGUCCUACACUGCUACUGGUCCCGAGCAGCUUACCCUCGCCCCUGGUCAGCUGAUUUUGAUCCGAAAAAAGAACCCAGGUGGAUGGUGGGAAGGAGAGCUGCAAGCACGUGGGAAAAAGCGCCAGAUAGGCUGGUUCCCUGCUAACUAUGUCAAACUUUUAAGCCCUGGGAUGAGCAAAAUCACUCCAACAGAGCCACCUAAGCCCGCAGCAUUCCCAGCAGUGUGCCAGGUGAUCGGGAUGUACGAUUACACCGCGCAGAAUGACGACGAGCUGGCCUUCAACAAGGGCCAGAUCAUCAACGUCCUCAACAAGGAGGACCCCGACUGGUGGAAAGGAGAAGUCCACGGGCAAGUGGGGCUCUUCCCGUCCAAUUAUGUGAAGCUGACCACAGACAUGGACCCCAGCCAGCAAUGGUGUUCAGACUUACACCUCUUGGAUAUGUUGACCCCAACUGAGAGAAAGCGACAGGGCUACAUCCACGAGCUCAUUGUCACGGAGGAGAACUAUGUGAAUGACCUGCAGCUGGUCACGGAGAUCUUUCAGAAACCCCUGAUGGAGUCUGAGCUGCUGACAGAGAAAGAGGGUGCUAUGAUUUUUGUUAACUGGAAGGACCUGAUUAUGUGUAAUAUCAAACUGCUGAAAGCGCUGAGAGUUCGCAAGAAGAUGUCUGGGGAGAAGAUGCCUGUGAAGAUGAUCGGGGACAUCCUGACUGCCCAGCUGCCACACAUGCAACCCUACAUCCGCUUCUGCAGCUGCCAGCUCAACGGGGCUGCCUUGAUCCAGCAGAAGACAGAUGAGGCCCCCGACUUCAAGGAGUUUGUCAAAAGACUGGCCAUGGACCCUCGCUGUAAGGGAAUGCCACUCUCUAGUUUUAUACUGAAGCCUAUGCAACGGGUAACGAGAUACCCACUGAUCAUUAAAAAUAUCCUGGAAAACACUCCUGAAAACCACCCAGACCACAGCCAUUUGAAGCACGCCCUGGAAAAGGCAGAGGAGCUGUGCUCCCAGGUGAACGAAGGGGUGCGGGAGAAGGAGAACUCGGACCGGCUGGAGUGGAUCCAGGCCCAUGUGCAGUGUGAAGGCCUGUCUGAGCAACUUGUGUUCAAUUCAGUGACCAAUUGCUUGGGGCCACGCAAGUUUCUUCACAGUGGGAAACUCUACAAGGCCAAGAGCAACAAGGAGCUGUAUGGCUUCCUCUUCAACGACUUCCUCCUGCUGACCCAGAUCAUAAAGCCCCUGGGCUCGUCGGGCACCGACAAAGUCUUCAGCCCCAAAUCAAACCUGCAGUAUAAAAUGUACAAAACCCCUAUUUUCCUAAAUGAGGUUCUAGUAAAAUUGCCCACUGACCCUUCCGGGGAUGAACCCAUCUUCCACAUUUCCCACAUUGACCGAGUCUACACCCUCCGAGCAGAAAGCAUAAACGAAAGGACCGCCUGGGUGCAGAAAAUCAAAGCUGCUUCUGAACUCUACAUAGAGACGGAGAAGAAGAAGCGGGAGAAGGCGUACCUGGUCCGUUCCCAAAGGGCCACAGGCAUUGGAAGGUUGAUGGUGAACGUGGUUGAGGGCAUUGAACUGAAACCCUGUCGGUCACACGGAAAGAGUAACCCGUACUGCGAGGUGACCAUGGGCUCCCAGUGUCACAUCACCAAGACAAUCCAGGACACUCUGAAUCCCAAGUGGAAUUCCAACUGCCAGUUCUUCAUCAAAGACCUGGAGCAGGAGGUCCUCUGCAUCACCGUGUUCGAGAGGGACCAGUUCUCUCCAGACGAUUUUUUGGGUCGGACGGAGAUCCGCGUGGCUGACAUCAAGAAGGACCAGGGCUCCAAGGGUCCAGUUACAAAGUGUCUCCUGCUGCAUGAAGUUCCCACGGGAGAGAUCGUGGUCCGCUUGGACCUGCAGUUGUUUGAUGAGCCCUAGGGAGCCGGCCCAGGGUGUGCUUGGCAGCGCUCCAGCCUGAGGCAGCGGAUGCUGUCUGGAAAUGGUGUUACUUUUCGAGGACCACUGUUUGGUGUUCAGCCACAGGGCAACAGGACAGCAAAGACAGGACCCUCAAAGCUUCUGGGAAUACUUCUUGACAAUCCUGCCCCCUAAACAAUUUCCCAUUUUGUGAAGCGAAACUGUGUUUUCCUUUGUUUUCACUGCAGGACUCAUCAUGGCUUCCAGGGUCUUUGAAAUCCCAUCGCCCCUAGCUACGUUCGGUUGGCAGUCUGACCCGUCCCUGGGCCUGAGGCUUGGGUCUGGUUACUGUAAAAUAGAUUUAUAAAUGCCAUGUCUGUAUUUUUGGAGAACUCAUGUAAUCCUCCUGUUUCUUACCUCCACCAGCCUCCAGGUAGGCCCCCUGACCUAUGAUGCCUGAGUCCUUGGUGUGUUUAGAAAUAAUCAUGAUGAUCUUGUUAUUUCUUCAGAAUCUCAUUCUCCCACUGGGACCUUAUUUGAAAUGCUCCCCUGCAUCUGAUCACUCGGGAGACGGUCGCCUGAUCAGACACUGGUCUAGCUCUUCGAAGAGCUGGUCCAUGGAAGAUUCCAGCAGUUGUGCUGUUAGAGCAUUUCCAGUCUCCUCCAGGUCUUUUAUUGCUAGACGUCAAUGAAAACUAUCACUGGCUACUAUCAGGUGAUCUGAUUCUGAUUUCCAGCAUGCUUGGAAGGUGGUUAAGGAAGGUUGUUACCUACCAAGUUAUACUCUGCUGGAUUAGAUCACUGCAGGUCACCUGAAAGGCUAAUUUCCGACAUUAUGGGGUCCUGGUUGCCAGCCCGGUUGGAAAAUGCUCUCUUGGCUUGGAGGUCCUGUGAUGUUUCACAAGAGUAGUUGUUGGUGACCAGAUCUGAGCCUACUCCUGCCUGAUUAUCAUGGGAAAUUUCUGCAGAUGUCUUUGGUACG